AUGCCCGUGCUUGAUGGUCUUCGAUUCGGCGAGCCGGUUGAUGCCAGCCCGAGUCCGAGUACCUCGAAAAGGCAUAGAAUCGUAGUGGUAGGACUGGGAAUGGUGGCUAUUGCCUUCAUCGAGAAAAUCAUCAAGCAAGACACCGACAAGCGAUACGAUAUUGUAGUUAUCGGCGAAGAGUCACACGUCGCAUACAAUCGAGUGGGCCUGUCGUCAUUCUUCGAGCACCGAAAGAUCGAAGAUCUAUAUCUGAACCCGAAAGAAUGGUAUGCCUCGAUCAAAGAACGAUCAUUCGAUUAUCAUCUCAACACAAUUGUCACCAAAAUCAACCCCUCAGAGAAAUCAGUUGAGACAUCCACGGGAGAUACCGUUUCCUACGAUACGCUGGUGCUGGCUACUGGAUCGGACGCAGUUCUACCCACGCAGACCCCCGGCCAUGAUGCAAACGGGGUAUUCGUAUACCGAACCAUUUCGGACCUGGAGCGCCUGAUUGAUUUCGCAUCCAGUCACAAGGGCAAAACUGCCGUGACGGUUGGCGGAGGUUUACUGGGGCUGGAAGCGGCCAAGGCCAUGACAGACCUCGAGGACUUUGGGAACGUCAAAUUGAUUGAUCGCAACAAGUGGGUUCUGGCUCGUCAGCUUGAUGGCGAUGCGGGAUCACUGGUUACUCGAAAGAUACGAGAGCUGGGACUAGAUGUUCUGCACCAGAAGCGGGUCGCUGAAGUGAACACUGACUCGGAGAAUAAUGUCACCGGCAUUACUUUCGAGGAUGGGGAACACAUCGACUGUUGCUGCAUCUGCUUUGCUAUCGGUGUCAAGCCACGAGAUGAGCUGGCAUCUGCUGCCGGAAUUCAGUGUGCUGGCCGGGGCGGGUUUGUGAUCGAUGAAAGCCUUCAAACGUCCGUGCCGGAUAUCUUUGCCGUCGGAGAAUGUGCUAGUUGGGACAAUCAAACCUUUGGGAUCAUUGCUCCGGGCAUUGAAAUGGCCGAUGUGCUGGCUUAUAACCUCACGAACAUUGGCAAAGAGCCAAGGCGCUUCACAAGACCGGACCUGAGCACGAAACUGAAGCUCCUGGGAGUCGAUGUGGCGUCUUUUGGCGAUUUCUUUGCGGAUAGAGAUGGUCCCAAAUUCAUGCCAGGCAAUCGUCCAUCAAUCGGCGGAGCUGGUGAUUCUGGUGACGAGGAGCCACCGGUCAAGGCUUUGACCUAUAAAGAUCCCUUUGGGGGAGUCUACAAGAAAUACCUGUUCACCAUGGAUGGGAAGUACCUCCUCGGUGGAAUGAUGAUUGGAGACACUAGAGACUAUCUGAAGUUGAACCAGAUGGUCAAGACCCAGAAGCAGCUUGAGGUGCCUCCGAGCCAGUUUAUUCUGGGAGCCCAGAAAGAAGGAGACGAGAAUGCCGAUGACCUUGAUGAUAGCACCCAGAUUUGCUCGUGCCAUAACGUGACGAAAGGUGAUGUGGUGGAGAAUGUCAAGAGCGGCUCUUGCAAAACGAUCGGAGAAGUCAAAUCCUGCACCAAAGCUGGCACCGGCUGCGGUGGCUGCAUGCCUCUUGUGCAAUCGAUAUUCAACAAGACUAUGCUUGAGAUGGGUCAAGAAGUUUCCAAUCACUUGUGCCUGCACAUCCCAUACUCUCGCGCAGACCUUUACAACGUGAUCGCCGUCAAGCAACUCAAAACAUUUGUCGAAGUUAUGCAAGUGGCUGGAAACAACCCAAACUCCCUCGGAUGUGAAGUAUGCAAGCCUGCGAUUGGUUCAAUUCUGUCGAGCUUGUUCAACCCCCACGUCAUGGACAAGGGAUACAACGAUCUCCAGGAUACGAACGAUAAAUUCCUGGCAAACAUCCAAAGGAACGGCACAUUUUCGGUUGUGCCUCGCGUGCCCGGUGGAGAGAUCACGGCCGAUAAGCUCAUUGCUAUUGGGUCUGUUGCGAAGAAGUACGGACUUUAUUGUAAGAUCACUGGUGCCCAGCGGAUUGACAUGUUUGGGGCCAAGAAGAGCGACCUACUGGACAUUUGGACUGAGCUAGUGGAUGCUGGCCUGGAGAGCGGCCACGCCUAUGCGAAAGCUCUCCGCGCGAUCAAGGCACAACAUGGUGCCGAUUCGGGAGUGGGAGACAGCGUGGGAAUGGCAAUCCGCCUGGAGGAGCGAUACAAGAGUAUAAGAGCUCCACAUAAAUUCAAGGGCGCGGUCUCCGGCUGUGUUCGAGAAUGUGCCGAAGCCCAGAAUAAGGACUUCGGUCUCAUUGCCACAGAGAAAGGGUUCAACAUCUUUGUUGGUGGCAAUGGAGGGGCAAAGCCUCGACACUCAGAGCUUCUCGUCAAGGAUGUCCCUCCGGAGAUGGUCAUGCCAGUGAUUGAUCGAUAUUUGAUUUUCUACAUUCGCACCGCAGACAAGCUCCAGCGUACCGCUAGGUGGAUCGAGAACCUGCCGGGCGGAAUCAAUUACUUGCGCGAAGUCAUCAUCGACGACAAGCUCGGCAUCUGCGCAGAGAUGGAAAAGCAGAUGCAAGAUCUUGUGGACAGCUAUUUCUGUGAAUGGACUGAGACUGUUCGAGAUCCCAAGCGCCGGAAGACAUUCCAGCAAUUCGCAAAUACCGACGAAAAGGUCGAAACUGUGGAGGUUGUCCAAGAGCGAUCCCAAAGCAGACCUACUUACUGGCCCAACGAGGCUGCCCAAGAGGACUUUAAGGGCCAUCAGUGGUCGAGCCUGUCAUGGCAGCCUGUCAUCCGAGCCGAUCACUUCUCGGACGAGCCGCCGCAGGUCUCAUCCGCCAAUGUGAAGCGUGGAGACACCCAGCUUGCCAUCUUCAAGAUCAAGGGGAAGUACUACGCGACACAGCAAAUGUGCCCUCAUAAGAGAGCCUUUGUGUUGUCGGAUGGCUUGGUGGGAGACGACGACGCCGGCAAGUAUUGGGUCUCGUGUCCUUACCACAAGCGCAACUUCGAGCUCAACGGUGAGCAAGCCGGCCGCUGCUCGAAUGAUGAAAAUGUGAACAUUGCCACCUUCCCCGUUGAAGAGCGCGACGAUGGUUGGAUCUACUUAAAGCUUCCCGGAGUCGAGGAGCUGGAUGCUGUCUUGGGAACCGAGAAGUGGAAGGUCAAGAAAGGCGAAGUGCCUGACCCAUUCCUGAAACUCGACAAGAAGUACAAAGGGCUGCGAGGGAAGAAGAUGACUGCUGCCAUUCCGUCGGAGCGGCCAUCUGUGCAACCAGCAAGUCGAAUCGACUGGUGA